AAUAGAGGCUAGAACAACAGGAUAAGAAAGCACUAGAAAAGUCCAGAACGAAAUUUGCGAUGAAGCAUUUAUCUAUAUGUUUCAACAAUGUGCAGUUAUCUGCUGACACAAAAAUCGAAUAGCAGCAUUAGACAGGAUCUUUCUAAAGCCUUUUGGUUUUAGAAACUGAAAAUUUUCUGCAUUGAAAGUUAAUCUGACUUUCAAGUCAAAGUUAAUAAUUUGUACCAUGGAUAUCUCAAUGAAACUGAAUGUCUCAGAAGGCUGCCUGAGUGAACAGCAGUCUGAUGUAUCAUCUACUGCAGUCAUUAAGUUUAAAGAGCCAGCCCUCCCAGUGCCAUUCAGAAAGCUUGAUGAAGAUACAAAUUUGAAUUUUCCACCAAAAAAUUGGCUGAGAAGUAACCUUUCUCAGAAAUUCUUUGAGGGAGGCAUGGAUAAAAGGAGGCCAAUCAAUUUGUCAAGUUUCAAAAUGGCAAAUAAAUAUCUAGAGCAUGUUGGAAAUGUUGAUGUCAUUUCAGAUGCAGAGAAUAUCAAGCGACUCCUGAAAAGUCCAUACAGUGAUGGAGGCUUGAGUAUGGCCGUUCAUAGGAUUCAAAAUACAUUGCUUAUUAGUGAACUGGAUAUUCCAAAAAUCAUAUCUGCUGCUUCGUCGAAGCCUGAUCUUUGCCGGAGACUGGACUGGUUGAAAAGAUUUUAUUGCAAUGUUGUCGGCGUCCCUCAGGAUAGUGAAUUUCCGAAGAAAAAAAGGAACAGAGAAUAUGCUCGAGCGCAAAAUAUGCUAUCAAAAUUCCUUCACUAUAGUAUUGAAAAUACCGCCUCCAGCAGUGAAGAUAUGCAAGCAGAUCAGUUGAGUUUUCUUCAACAAAUCAGCGAUGAGCUUGAUACUGAUGCAUUUGAAGUCAUGUGUAAAGAAGAAACGUUUUUAUCUCCUUUCUUUGAUGGAAGAAGAAGUGAGCUCGAAUCAGUGUCACCCUUCCAGCGAGAUGUUGUUUGGUCUCUGGAUGACAUAACAAUGCUUGUUGGCUCUGAUAUGCCGAUUUUUGGAGGGGGAUUGUUUCCAGCUGUUAGCCUAAAAUUGAGAGACGCAACAAAACCUAUCAAUAUUCUCACUGGUCUUGACUACUGGCUUGAUAACUUAAUAUGCAAUGUUCCUGAACUCGCUAUGUGCUAUCAUACGGAAGGAAUAGUGCAGAAAUAUGAAAUGGUUUUAACAGAAGACCUGCCAAAACUGGAAGACUGCAAAUUUUCACCCAAGGUAGUCAAAAGUAUCGCCCAAGAUAUUCUGUCUUUUCUGAAAUCGAAGUGUACAAAAGAAGGGCAUACUUAUUGGCUUUUCAAAGGCAGCGAAAGUGACAUCGUCAAAUUAUAUGAUCUGACGUCAAUUUGCAAUGAGGAAGCCGAUGAUAGUUCGCUGAACCCAUUCACGUUGCCAGUCGCAAGUCUUUUGUUUCGGAUUGCAAAUAACAUGAUCGCCAGUGGAAUCAACCGCAAGAAGGAUGCCGUUGCUGCCUCAUGCUUGCUACAAAAUUGCAUUUUGCUACUGGAGAAUUCAAAUCAAUCCGAACUGACAUUGGCUGCGCACUACUUACUUGCUCAAUUGUACAUGCAAGAUUUCUUUUCUGCUGAUGACGAUUCUAAUGAUGGAAAACCAAGCUUCGAGGAAGAGGGUUUUGAUGACAACUUUGCAAACGAAGCUGAAGGUUUCACGCGGGCUUCUGACGAUGAAAAGGUUAAUGAAGGCUAUCGUGUGCUUGUUGAUGCUAGGAAACAAAAUUACCAGGCUAACGCGUGGUUAAAUGCCACUAAGGAGGAGAAAUGCAGAAUGACAAUCAAGUUCAUUGUCAAGGCACUUCAGUCUUAUAACGUUGUCUCAAGCAGAGCUGGAAAACGUCUGACGUAUGGGGACUUCGAAGGCGCCACUUCCUCUUCGUCUGCAAGCAACGAGCAAAGUGGGUCAAUUAUUUCGCUCAGAGACACGCAAACUGGUCAUACAGUAGAAGAUCGCAUAUACAGUAACUAUGGUUUGCACGAUAUGCAAAACCCGGAAAAUGGCCGGAUAAUACGGAAUCUCAAUAUCGCUGCAGUUAAUGCAUAUUCUUCACUUGCUGAGCUGAGCAUAUCCAAAGAGAAAUAUGGAAGGGCACUGCGAUUUCUCAAGAUCGCUCUUCAGGCCAUAGGAAAGAUCCCAUCUCCGCAACCAGACACAGUAUUACGCAAACAUGCCAAAGUGAACAUGUUGCUAGGUGACGUAUGUCUUGUUUUUGCACGAACGAAAACAGUAUCCAGAGAAGACUACUUCUCAUUGAGCGAGGAUGAUACUGAGUUUAUCAGGCUUUGUGAUUCGUAUGAUGCUGCUUGCAUGCCUGAGAAUGAGCUUGCGAGAGGUAGCAACAUCGACGAAAUAUUCAUGUUGUCAUCGGAAGAGCUACUCAUCAAAGCUGUUUCUUGGUACGAAGAGAGUGUUGCAGUUAGUCCUUCGGACGAAACGGAUCUUGAAAACGUGGAGCAGGUUUCUGCAGUGACUGGCAGGCUUGGCAAUGUGCGGAAUGAACUCGGAGUCUUCUACAUGAACGUUGCUUCUUCUUUAUUAAAAAGCCACGGGGAUCCAACAGCCGAAGAGCAGAGCCUUUGGAAAAAGAGUUACCAGUAUUUUGAAACUGGAAUUGAAGCAUUUUUGGUUGUAUCUGACAAGUCAAAUGUAGCGCUGUUACAUUCGAAUAGAGCAAGGUUGAUGCGUCUCUGUGCCACUGCCUAUGGCAACAGUACAAGGCAAAAUGAAGAGGAGGAGCGAGGUGAAUUCACGCACCAAGAAAGGCUGUACUUCAAUAAGGCCUUCGAGUUCUACCAAAAAGCGCUCUCAUGCUUGGGAAGUAAAGAUAAAAGCCAAGAUAUCUGGAAUCAAAUAUCAUUUGAUUUGUCUGGAGCAUAUUUCGCAAUGGCCUGUUUACUACAAGACUACGCUCCAUUGAAUACGGUGUCAUUUGAAGAGGUUUCUAAAGAAGUCCAGAAUCUUAUGAUGAAGUCGUUGCACUAUUGUCAAGACGAGGAAUGCGAUGCAAAAUCUCCAAGAACUAAAAGCAUUAGAUUGAGAAUAGGCACCAUUCACCACCGCAUUGCAUCAUUGUACCACCAUGCUCUUCGUAACAAGGACCAAACCGCUUCGGCCAAAAAGUUAAAAUCACUAGCUGAUUUACAUUAUGAAAAGGCCUACUGUCACCUUACAGAUGAACAAGGCCUCUUGGAGUACCUUUCAACUUUAACAGAGCACAUUGCAUUGCAUUCGCAGUUAGAAAGCAAGGCUUCUAGUAGUUUCACGAAUGUUAAAAGACUCAAAGCAGCAUUGACUAUAGUUCUCAAGAAAUCAAAUAUUGAUGUCCUCAGAAAAGGUGCCUGUAUCUUGGAGAGUGAAGAAAUGGGAGAGAAUUGCGAGUGUGCAUAUGUUGGCCAUGCGGAGGAGAAGCUAAUAGAAGGAAAGAAAGGAAUUUCAUCAACCUCAGAAAAAAUCAAUAGCAAAAUCUUUCUACCUGGUUUCAACUUUUCUUUAGAAACUCUAUAUAGAACUUUAUUCCUUUUGAACACACAGUUACGAGACAUUCUAAAAGACCUUGUUUUGCUUUUCUCAGCUAAAGGAUCAAAGUUAAAAAGUUUUGAGAACCUUGACUUAGCCGAGGUAAAGAAAAUAUAUGAAAUUUAUCUUCGAAGAUCACCCAGCGUUGAUGAAAAAGACAAUGAUACCGGAAAAAAGUCUGUACAUAUGCUUAAAUGUAUUGCAGAUAUUGUAGAGAAAAUAAGGUCAGAAAGUAAUUUAUAGAAAAGUAAGAUUAUACAGUUAGAAUAUUUAUUAGUAUCGUCAUUCAAAUUCACGCACCAUGUAACAAGUGUUAUUCAUUUACUCAUUACUGCGAAUAAAAUGUUUAUUUUGGAAUCGAACAGGUGGAGGUUAGAAAGAAAGUAUCUCUUUCAGUCUUAUCUUGAUAGUAUCUCAUCAAACGUGUAGAUCGAUAUACGAUUCUUGAGUGCUAUGAGCAUUCAAGGAUUGACAGAAUCUUUGAAAAGACCUGCCGUAAACUACUAUAGCCUUGGCUUGGAACUUCUUUAAAAUCUUAGGCAAGGUUGAUAUGAAUGCCAAUGAAGUUUGAAACUGGUCGUGUCGAGAAAGGGCAUCAUUUUGCCCAAAACUUCAUUCCCUGCUGUCUGUGAUAGAAUGAUGCCUGCGGACAGUGCCUUAAUAAUAGUUUUAUUCCGUCCCAAAU